AUGCUCAACGUUAGAAGGCUUAUUUUUUUUGCACUGCUUUUUUUGCACGGCGCCGUAUCAGAAACGGGUGUCUUUCCUCGCCGAUGUCACAUUGAUUCCAAUCAUUUUUUGGCCAAGUCUAUUUCUCGCGGUGAGUGGAUUGGCAUCGAGUACGACAUCACAUAUCUUAAGGGAAUGUGUGAUACUGACGACAGAAAUGGAAUAUUAAGUGCCAGCAUUAACGGUCGAAACAAGUCCUUGAAGGCGCGAGAAGGGUUUAUUGCUUUUGAUAAUGUGGCAACAGUGCAUUUUAAUUUGACGUCUGGUAAGAAGGGAGUGCAGCUUUUUUCCUCUCAAAUAUGCUGGAGCUCCGCAAAUUGUACUGCUCUUUGCUCCUCUGAACCCCUUGGUAUCGUUUCCUCAUGUACUGUUGGUAAUAUUAUGGAUUCAUUAGCCAUACUUCUUUUUUUUGUCGUGCCACUUUUUGUGUGCUCCUUUGCGUUGCUUGUCUGCUAUGCUCGAGUUAAAAUUUUGCGGCGACGGGGAAUGCUUGCGUUUAGGGAGCAACACCGACAGGAGGACAUUUCGCCCGCUGCAGCGUUUGAAAAGAACCGAAAACCAAGAUAUGACAACUUUGCGGAUAUAAAUCCAGCAAAUAGCGUGGAAACUGCAGUUUGUGAGGUGACGAUGGUGCAGGGCGAUGGCGAGACUACAACCCGCGAAGCCGGAGACAUGAAUGACUCUGCAAGGAGCAACAGCGUUAAGAAGGAUAUUACAAAUGAGUGCGAACGUAAACCAUUUGAAGUUUUCUUUUUGAGGGAAAACAAGAAUAUCUGCGAAGAAGAAAAAUCGGGUGCCCUCCAACAAGACAAUGCCAUACAAACAAUAGUUGACAUCACAAGAGACAUCAAAAAAAAUGAUAAUCACGCCCUUCACUACACACAUUUCCGGAGCACCGACAGCCCUUACAUCUGCAACGCCAGAGAGAAAACAAAGCAUGAAUCGACAGAAGCGGUUAUAAAUACGUUUCAAUUAAAAGAAGAAUUAGUCCAACACGGGGUCGCUGAGGAAGAGGCAGCCCGAAGGAUGCAUGGGAUGGCCGAGGAAGAGGCAGCCCGAAGGAUGCAUGAGGUGGCCGAGGAAGAGGCAGCCAGAAGGAUGCAUGAGGUGGCCGAGGAAGAGGCAGCCAGAAGGAUGCAUGAGGUGGCCGAGGAAGGGGCAGCCCGAAGGAUGCAUGAGGUGGCCGAGGAAGAGGCAGCCCGAAGGAUGCAUGAGGUGGCCGAGGAAGAGGCAGCCCGAAGGAUGCAUGAGGUGGUCGAGGAAGAGGCAGCCCGAAGGAUGCAUGAGGUGGCCAGGGAAGAGGCAGCCCGAAGGAUGCAUGAGGUGGCCGAGGAAGAGGCAGCCCGAAGGAUGCAUGAGGUGGCCGAGGAAGAGGCAGCCCGAAGGAUGCAUGAGGUGGUCGAGGAAGGGGCAGCCCGAAGGAUGCAUGAGGUGGCCGAGGAAGAGGCAGCCCGAAAGAUGCAUGAGGUGGCCGAGGAAGAGGCAGCCCGAAGGAUGCAUGAGGUGGCCGAGGAAGAGGCAGCCCGAAGGAUGCAUGAGGUGGCCAAGGAAGAGGCAGCCCGAAGGAUGCAUGAGGUGGCCGAGGAAGAGGCAGCCCGAAGGAUGCAUGAGGUGGCCAGGGAAGAGGCAGCCCGAAGGAUGCAUGAGGUGGCCGAGGAAGAGGCAGCCCGAAAGAUGCAUGAGGUGGCCAAGGAAGAGGCAGCCCGAAGGAUGCAUGAGGUGGCCAGGGAAGAGGCAGCCCGAAGGAUGCAUGAGGUGGUCGAGGAAGAGGCAGCCCGAAGGAUGCAUGAGGUGGCCAGGGAAGAGGCAGCCCGAAGGAUGCAUGAGGUGGCCAGGGAAGAGGCAGCCCGAAGGAUGCAUGAGGUGGCCAAGGAAGAGGCAGCCCGAAGGAUGCAUGAGGUGGCCAGGGAAGAGGCAGCCCGAAGGAUGCAUGAGGUGGUCGAGGAAGAGGCAGCCCGAAGGAUGCAUGAGAUGGUCGAGGAAGAGGCAGCCCGAAAGAUGCAUGAGGUGGCCGAGGAAGAGGCAGCCCGAAAGAUGCAUGAGGUGGCCGAGGAAGAGGCAGCCCGAAGGAUGCAUGAGGUGGUCGAGGAAGGGGCAGCCCGAAGGAUGCAUGAGGUGGCCAAGGAAGAGGCAGCCCGAAAGAUGCAUGAGGUGGCCAGGGAGGAGGCAGCCCGAAGGAUGCAUGAGGUCGCUGAGGAAGAGGCAGCCAGAAGGAUGCAUGAGGUGGCCAAGGAAGAGGCAGCCCGAAGGAUGCAUGAGGUGGCCGAGGAAGAGGCAGCCCGAAGGAUGCAUGGGAUGGCCGAGGAAGAGGCAGCCCGAAAGAUGCAUGAGGUGGCCGAGGAAGAGGCAGCCCGAAGGAUGCAUGGGAUGGCCGAGGAAGAGGCAGCCCGAAGGAUGCAUGAGGUGGAAGGGUCCAGAAGUGUGGUUGUAGCAGAAGAAGAAAUGGGUGGCGCAGGGAUACAAAUGGCGGAAGAAGUUGUGUGGCGAACUUGUGGUUGGGAGUCUGUUGUUGAUAUUGAAGAAAUCUCGACAAGUGAUGAUGACGUUUUUAGCUUUGAGGGCGUUGAACAGGUCGAUGCGUUGGGCUCCGUUGUUGGGAUGGAACAGAAUUGGCGCGGUUGCAUUGAGUCUGAGGAUCGAGGCUUUGGGAGUGAUGUCGUUGAAUGCAAAACGGUGUAUGAACCCCGUUCUGCCGUGUGCAGCGUUUCUUCUUGGGAGGCCAUGCCUGUUGAUGAAGAGGAAGAGGCGCUGCAAGGGCCUGUGGAAGCGGAAGGAUCUCAGCGGAAAGUUAUGGUUGACGUGCGUGAGGAAUGGAGGUUUCUAGCGAAGUCUCGUUUUGGGACGACUGAGAAGGAACGGAUAUUAUCGGCUUCGAGAAGUUACAGCGAUGAGUACAAGUGGCGGAUGCUGAAGAUGGUUAAACCGCCACCCGAUACACAACCGCCCAAACCAUUUAUUGGAUUUUCUUUAGCCGAGUUUCUUGUUGAGUCGUUCUUAAAGGUUGAUGGCUUGUAUGUGAAUGGACCCGCGUAUCAAGUGGGAAUUCGUAUUGACGACAUACUUCUUAGUAUUGAGGGGGAACGUGUUACGAGUAUCACUGAGGCUCGAAGGGCCGUGUCGAGGCACUGCCGUGUCGGUUGUCUGACGGACCUGACGCUUCAGCGAUCCGAUGGUGCGGUGUAUACUGUCUCUCUCUGGGUGAUGACCGCAGAGCCGCGUUUCAAGGAGGAACCAUACUUUUUUGAUGUUAGUCAACACAACCGUAUUCAGCGCCACCGUGCGACGACCGUGAUUGAAGGUACAUCAAGCAAAUAG